AUGCCUCACAAACUCCGUGCGCAACAACAGCUUGAGGCUCUGCAAGCCCGCUACGUAGGCACUGGGCACGCCGACACCACAAAGUUCGAGUGGACGUCCAACAUCCAGAGAGAUAGUUAUGCCAGCUAUGUGGGACAUCCGCCGCUGUUGAGUUAUAUGGCGAUCGGGAUGGGGGAGUGCAGGGAAAAGGUCCGGGCUCAAAUGAUUGAGAAAAUGAUACAGCCUGUUGGCAAGCCGCCCGAGGUGCAAGAUUGA